AAUAGAUGUUAUAAUCUGAAAUAUUGAAUGUUUAAUAUUCUGAGAGGCAAGCAAAUCAGCAGAAGGACCAAUGCUUAGAUUCAAUAGUGAGGAGAGACAAGAUUUAGAAAAAUCCAUAGUCAGGAGGACAAAUACUCAAGAGGACAAAAAGUAAGGAGGACAAAUAGUCUAGAGAACCAAUAGUCAGGAGGACAAAUAGUCUAGAGAACCAAUAGUCAGGAGGACAAUUAGUCUAGAGAACCAAUAGUAAUGAGGACAAAUAGUCUAGAGAACCAAUAGUAAGGAGGACAACACCAAUAGUAAGGAGGACAAAUAGUCUAGAGAACCAAUAGUCAUGAGGACAAAUACUGUUGUCUAGAAGACAAAUAGUUUAAAGGACCAAUAGUAAGGAGGACCAAAACUACCCCUAGCCCUCAAUGAUAGCUGAAUAAAAUAAAAAUCAAAUAUAAAAGAUGAUGAAUAGACAACAAUGUAGGUUAUAUACAGGACUUAUAUUUUUUCUCAUUAUUCAAGGAAUAUUUCUAUUACUGACAAAUAUUACUCAUAUGCCAGAAAAUAUGUACUUUGGUCAACUUGACCAUCAAAAACUUAUUAAUUAUCUGAAUUUAAACUACAAUUUCUCGAAAAUCUCAACCACAAAGGAAAAUGAUGAAUCUGUCAUAAAUGUUGAGCAAGAAAAAAUGGGUGUUUUUAAUAAAGAAAGCACUGAUAAUCUUAGAAUGACAGAUGAUAAUGAAAGAAUGACAGAUGAGAAUAUAAGGAUUACAGAUAAUAACCAACCAAUUUCAGAUGCAAUGGCCAGGAUCAAUGAAGAAAGUACUUCAGGUUCGCAAAGUAUCAAACAAAAUACAAUAAGACAUCUUUCAAAACCAAAUUCAACCCAAAAUAGCACCAAAGAAACAAAACAACAUAAAAAUAGCUCAAAGCGAGAAAAUUCAACGAAAGAAAGCACAAAAAAACUUUUAACAAUUUUCACAACAUUUAGUGAUGCCCCUGAGCGAGAGAGUGUGCAAAGCAAUACCUUGUGUAACUAUUUAAACUUCCCAGAAAAUCAGGUCAAUCUUGUAAUUUUCUCUUCAAAUAUAACUCUAACGAGGUUACAGCUCAAAGUGGAAACAAAAUGUUUAACAAGGUUCCCAUAUGUUGAAAUCGCAGAUAGAUGGCAUGUCAUUCAGCUUAAUAACGACAGUAUGCUCUACGAGAGACCUAUCCUCAAAGAUAUGUACCGUGAAAUAAUGCAGCGAUAUGAUAGCAAGUUUUACAUGUAUACCAAUGGUGACAUUCUCUACCCCUGGAGACAUCUCAGAGACAGCCUUGAUGUGAUCUUUCACUAUACUCAGCUUAAUGGCUUACGACGAUACAUAAUCUUUGGUCUUAGAAAAGAAAUAGGAUUCUACAAUUUCAAUUUCAAUCAAUCCUUAAAGAUGAUUAAUCUACAUGAUUUAGAGACGGGAUCCGAUGAGGAAAUCUUAAAAUUAGUCGAAGGAGUAAAUGUAACACGAAAACGUGCGAUGGACUACUUCAUCACCUCUAGAGUGAGCUUUCCCUGGGAAUGGAUCCCAAAGUUUAUCAUAGGAGUCGAAAAAUAUGACAACUGGCUCCUCGUUUACGCUAAUAAAGUUAAAAUCACGACAUUUGAUAUAUCAAACACAAAUCCAGUUAUACACCAAGCAGGUGCUCCCAAAGCCAUUAACGAUGCAGUGUAUCACCAAGCAAAUGCAUAUAAUCAUAAAUUAUUUGAAAAUUCGCUGAUUUAUCCAACGAAUCACAUUUGCGUACACAAUUGUUGUCGCAUGAGGACUGAGAUGGUUAAUCACAAACAAUACUAAGUUUGAAGAAAAUAGAUGUACAUAUCCUAGAGUGAUCAAGAUACC